AUGGCCGGGCCCAUGACUAUUGAUGCGCUGCAGUCUCAUGGAGUGUCGGCGGCGGACAUAAAGAAGCUGAGAGAGGCUGGCUAUCACACCAUCGAAGCAUUGGCGCACGCCCCCAAGAAGGAGCUGGCCAACAUCAAGGGCAUUAGCGAUGCCAAGGUGGACAAGAUCCUGAGCCAUGCCUUCAAGAUUGUCCCGAUGGGCUUCACCAGUGCGUCAAUUGUGGCAGAGCAGCGCGGCGAGAUCAUAACCAUCACAACCGGCUGCAAAGAGCUGGACAACAUCCUGGAGGGUGGCAUCGAGACGGGGUCGAUCACAGAGCUCUACGGGGAGUUUCGCUGCGGCAAGACACAGCUGUCGCACACGCUUUGUGUGACCUGCCAGCUGCCCAUCGACAUGGGAGGGGCUGAGGGCAAGGCGCUUUUCAUCGACACAGAGGGCACCUUCCGCCCGCAGCGGCUGCAGCAAAUCGCAGAGCGAUACGGCCUGGCCGUGAAUGAGGUGCUGGACAACGUGGCGUAUGCUCGCGCCCACAACACAGACCAUCAGCAGACGCUGCUCGCCCACGCAGCCGGCAUGAUGGCAGACAGCCGCUUUGCCCUGAUUGUCGUGGACAGCGCAACGGCGCUGCACCGCACUGAGUUCAUCGGGCGGGGCGAGCUGGCUGCGCGGCAAAACUCGCUCGGCAAGUUCUUGCGGGGCCUGCAGCGGCUGGCAGACGAGUUUGGGGUGGCCGUGGUGGUCACAAAUCAGGUGGUCUGCGCCAACCUGGACGGCGGUGCCAUGUCUUUUGGGCCCAACAUCAAGCCAAUCGGCGGCAACAUCAUGGCGCACGCCACCACUACACGGCUGUGGAUAAAGAAAGGGCGGGGAGAGACUCGCAUUGCCAAGGUGAUGGCCAGCCCCUCGCUGGCAGAGCGGGAGGCCACCUUUGGCAUUGGGCCAGAGGGCGUGUGUGAUGCAAAGGAGUGA